AUGGAGCAAGGGCUCGCUGCAUCUGUGCUUUUGCCUGGAGCUCCCCAGGCGGAUCUGGAAGAGGAAAUAUGCCACGACUUGACCGAGUCACAGGAAUUCGGGGACGCCAGUGAACAUGCUCCCCAGGCGGAUCUGGAAGAGGAAAUAUGCCACGACUUGACCGAGUCACAGGAAUUCGGGGACGCCAGUGAACAUGCUCCCCAGGCGGAUCUGGAAGAGGAAACAUGCCACGACUUGACCGAGUCACAGGAAUUCGGGGACGCGAGUGAACACGCUCCCCAGGCGGAUCUGGAAGAGGAAACAUGCCACGACUUGACCGAG